UGAUCGAUCAUGAUGAUUUCUGAUCUCCGCAUGCAGUGCGAAAGUUCGUUUUAUAGCUUAAGUCUGAUCGUGUGAAAAGACACUUUUGGUUUUUUUUUUUGAUGGACAAAAAUAAUAUUUCAAAAAGCUGCCUUAUGUUAUCCAGACACAGACAGUACUCAAGUUGGAAAAGUGUGACAAAUGGGUUCAGAUUCAAGUGGAGUUGUGGAAUUUCUUCCCAAGCAAUUUUGGCAUUUGGAUCCCGUGUACCGAUCGUAUGCCAAGCUGUACAUUGCGGAUAUUCUGCAGUUGAAGCAUUAUUCGACUGACGAAGGGGCAUUUGCAUACCAGAAUCAUCCUAUAAACAGAGUUGACGUUAUUGGAUGGUUGGUAAGAGUAGAGGAACGACCGAGUAUGUUUUAUUAUGGAGUUGAUGAUGGUACAGGGGUGAUCAACUGCUGCUGUUGGAAAUCAAAGAAUAACGGGGAACCUAGAAGUAUGCUGAAUGGUGAAGGCACAUCAUUGAGUGAUAUCGUCCUCAGUAAAGUAUACAAGUAUGACACUCAGGAGUCAUGUCUUGAACUGGGUGAUGUGAUUCAUGUCAGGGGUCGUUUGAAGUGCUAUCGCAAUAGACUGGAAGUGUCAGCUUCCUAUUACAGAAAGAUUGAUGAUCCAUGUUGCAGGAUUGAGAUCCAUCGAAUGGAAGAAUUACCAAACAUCUAUGAGAAUGUCUAUGACCUUCCAUUUGUUCUUCCAAGCCAUGUGAUGCAAGAGUUGAAAGUUCAAAAUGAGGAAGAAAGGACUGGACUGACGAGAGAGGCUCAACUGAUCGACAGAUUACAAAAUUAUCUUCAAAAUCACCUUGCUGACAGACACACAGGAAUAAAGAAUUUUCAUCUGAAUGAAUUGGAGACUUUGGAUGAUGUAAUGGCUAUAGCUUCAUGUCAAUGCCUGGAAUAUAAAAAUGAGGGUGGCAGUGGCUCCGCCCCUAUCAAACAAAUCCGUAACAUCAUCAAGCAAGCAGUGCUGAGGUUGGAGAGAGAGGGCACUGUAUACCGGAGUGGGAUGAUUCAUGAUAUGUACGAGGUGGUAAGGACCAACUUACCUUCAAGACUGGACAAAACAAUUCUACAGAUCUUGAGGAGUGACUGUCAUCUUUCCAGAUAUGAAGGAGGCUGUCAUUACAUGCAUGUUAUGGACAGACUACAUGAAUAUAGUGACUUCCAAAAUGUCUCGGUGGAUACUGUCCGAAUGGCUUUGUUGAGGCUGGAAGAACACAGUGAUGUUAUCAGUGCAACAUCCAAACAUUUCAUACCGGUCAACUGACCAAGGUCAACAUCGAGGUCAAGCAGUCAGUUGAUUCUGGUCAGUAAUCAAGGUCAAGAGAUCUUCUGAACUAAGUCAGCAACAAGGCCAAGGGUCAGUGUAACUAACACAGUGAGGACAGCACACAGAGUGAAGUCAGAACACAUCUGAAUGCUUCAUCAUGGUCAUUUGACCCUGGUCAGCAUCCAGAUCAAGAGGUUAGUGCAAUUCAAAACAAUUUAAAUAAUAUGACACAUUAAAAAAAUCCUGCUACUUUUGACCAUAGGAAUACCCUUGAAAUUAUCUGUAGAUUGUUGGUAGUGCAGUGCUGAGUACAAAACAUCAAGUUUAUUUAAGUUUAUUCCGUAGAGGAUUAGCUUUCUCUUACAACCUGCAAAUUUGGAACGAUUUCUAUUCAAAAUAUUUAUGUGCUUUCCACCACCACCCUGGAUAGGAUUGUGCUGUACAGGUCAUCAAGCAAUGUUAACAUGUGUUUGAGUAACAUGCAUUACACACUAUUGCAGUGUAUUUCAAGUGGGCAGUAAGGGUCAAUGUUUUAAGCAGGUGGGGGUCUAGCGGUCUCUUGGACACACCUUACACCAUCUUUGACAUCUUAAAUUUUUUGUUUCAAACACAAAUGCAUAAAUCCUAACCAGCUUUGACAUCCUGGUUUUUCACUUUAUUGGACACUCUAUUUUCAAAUACAUGUCACCGCUACACACUACUCCGGUGUCAAUGUACCAUGGUUGGAACAUUACUCCUAAAGUUACAUGUAUGAACGGCGCAUUGACAAGGCUCAUGAAUUGCCCCCUCAAGGCAAUGCAGUAAGGCAAUAGGCAAUCAAUCAUGUUUAUUGUGUUUACACAUUAUAUACUCCAAGGCAAUGAGUUACAGCUUGAUUUUCAGAAGCUGGGCUAGAUGGAAUGUGUAACACUGUAACAUUGUCACAAAUAGCCACGCACAUGGCACAGUUUAGACAAGGAUUCAGGAAGAGGAAAUGCUAAUGUUGAAUUCAGGAAAAAAUAUAUGAGAAACUUGAGAGCACACUGCUUGUGAGUUAAUGAGCAUGUACAUACAAUAGAUUUAAAGUAACCACACAUGUACACAGACAUGUCAUUCCUUUUAUGUUUGAUCUCCCGGUAACAUGUGGUUUAAACAGUCAUGUUAAACAAUCAUGUCUACAAAAGUGUAUUGCAUGUACUUGUUACAUUUAUCACUUUUUACCGAGCUGUACUGCUUGCUUUGGGUCCAAGUUAAGAAAUUAGAAUUCUGUUAAAUUUAUGCAUACAGUGAAUGUUCAAAUUACAUAUGCAGUAUAAAUAAACAAUAUUCAUCAUGGUACAUGUAUGUGUGGUAACUGAUCUGUUCAAUAAGAAAUCAUGUAAAGAAUGUUUUAUAUGGCACAGUUACCUUUUUUUUUUUGUGCUGUAAAGUCAAACUUCUUUGAAGUGGUUGGCUUAAGUGUUGGUUCUUGAUGCAGAGUUUGCAUCCAAAGCUGUGUUAUGUUUGGCCAAGCUAGAGAAGAACUCCUGGGGCUUCUCUGGUUAAACAGGACAACGGAUUUCAUGAAGAAAUUUGUCAUUUCAAAUUUCCAGCAGAGAGACAGUGUCUAGCUUUACUUUAAGAUUAGUCCUUCCUGGAAGCAUCCUUGGUUGGGUCUUGAUAUUUGACCCACACGUAUCUUCAUGUGGAUGGUGGUAAAAAGGGACUUUCCCUGUCUCAGGUUUCCUGUUUCAAACAUGAUUUAUUUUCAAGCUUCCUUUCCCAAUGAUCUCUAUGUUAUAUUACAAAUUUCAAAGGAUGGUUUAUUUCAAGACUUUACUGCAGAAGUACAUGUAAAUGGUAGUUAAUGCAUCAUGCUUUGAGAAAGAGAAAUAAAAGACAAUGCAGGAAAAGUAUAAACUGGAAAUCUGCUUAGUGUAAAACCUAUAUACAUGCAUGUACAUGUACAUGUGUAAUUUAAUGUUUACAAUUUUAUUUACUAGAAUAAAAUCAAACCCUUGGCUACAUAAAUGGAUCCAACCUUUAAUGUAGUCAUGGAUAUGUAAUGACUGCCCAUUAUUGCUGCAAGUUAAUUUAUUUUGUGUAAAGUACUGAUCCUAUUGAAAUCAUGGUGCAUACAACAAGCUCAUGUGGUUUUCUACCAUGAGUGUUCAUAAUGAACUUAGACAAGCCCAGCUGUUAAUCAUUACUAAUGCCAUGAAUGCCAGACCACAGAGUGACUUGGAAAAUGCGGAAAUGGACUUGCUUCAUUGAUCCACCAGGAAAUAAUUUCAUUUCGUCGUCGCUGUCAUCCAGAUAUUAAAUAAUGCAUGACUGGUUUCAUGGUUAAUACUGCAGAUAUAUUUGUAGGAUGAAGGAUACAUGUAUUUUUUUCUGUCAUAGAAUUGACAAAUAGUUCCACUCAACUAAAAAUGUAAUUAAACCAAUGCUUGCAUGCAGCCCAUAAACCUAUUUUGCAUAUAAUUAAAAUAUUCAGAAAGGUUUACUAUUUCAUUUAUUUAUCACCAUAUAUAAUUUUUUUAAAGACAAAUCAUCAGUAUUAUUGCAUAUCAGUGCACUUCUUGCAUAAUAAAAAUUGGUAGGAUGUACAGUACAGUACGUACACGUAUAUAAGUAUAAUUUACAUACAUGUAUCAACUUUGUAUAGCACGGUGCACAAAUGACAGUAAAGACAAAACAUGACGUUAAAAACACCUUGGAAAGUACUGUCCAUAUAAAAUUGACAAAUUUGAGAUUUAACAAGUCAACAUCAGAAAAGAAAGACAUAAAAAGACUGAAAAUAAAUACAUUCAAAGUCUGAAAUAGCCAUGAGGCAUACUAUACCUAAAGUUACGGCAAGUCAAAAGUAAUAUUUCUGUUUAUCAACACUUUGUUAGCAUUUCAGUUGCGACAAUAAUUUGUAAUUGUAAUAAAAGCAAAAAUUCUAAAUUCUUUUUGCAUAAAAAGCUAAAUAAAGAGAAAGACACAGCAAAUUACACAUAUCAAACACCAAUUAUGCAUCAAUCAUCAAUGAUGAAGCAGUUUGUAAAUGCUAAAACAAAUGAACAUCACUCCUAUCAAUCGUAACUCUGAGUAGAAGUAACAUCUGCAUAAUAUGACAUCAGUGAAGUUGGACAGCUCAUUAUGCUCAUCUUUCAAGAUUUAUAUCUGGACUUCCACCUUUUACAAAUAAAUCACUUGGAAAACA